AUGAAGAUGCGCGGUUUUGCACUUCUGCCGUGCUUAAUCAUCCUAACAGGCUUUAGCAUCGGAGCAGCUCCUGGCAACUUCUGGCAGGAAAUACUCGAGAUUUCAACAAACCACGAAGCGGCACGAGAAUAUCUGGGAGCGUCAAAGGCGUCAUCGGUGGAUUUAGAAACCAUUACGGCUCAUGCAGUGACACCACAUCCCGAGGACCCGAUUGUGUCUCAUCCACAACAACUUGUGCCGCAGUAUUGGCUGUCAAAUCCGCUCUCUGCUUCAACAAGCCAGCGCAUGUCUACAGUAGCUUCCUUUCAAGUUCAACCAGCAACACUUCAAGCUGCAACUCAUGGCGACAUGCCGCCAAGCGCGUUCGGGCGUGAAUCCCACCCUGUGAUGGGCAUUGCUCGCAAAGUACCGCCUCUAACUCCGGCAGAAAGAGAAAAAAUCCUCACAAGCGUCGCGACUCACCUUACCACCACAACGAAGGCCACCUUGCAGCAUCCGUUUGCUGGACAUAGUAUAGGUCCCAACCUUUUGGGGGAGUUCAAAAAAGCAAAAUAUUUGAAGAAGAUCAAGUCUGGUCUUUUUGUCAUUCCAAGGCGCCUCGGGGUUGAGCCAAGCACAGAUCAGUUUGAAGCAGGGAUGCUGGGGGUGAGGGAGAGCAAGUACCAAAUGUUUAUCUGGAAACAUGUUCCAGUAAAAGGAGUUGAAAGCUUGAACAUCUUCCAGCUCGUUGGCAUGUUAGAAACAGGCGUACUGACCAAAACACACACUACGAGGCUUCUCAGCGUAUCGUCAAUUCUACAGCAGACGAAUAGUUUAAGUGCUGAGUCAAUUUUUUGCCUGUGCUUUGUGACCACGAUCUUCAUGCCUCGUGCCAAGUGCAAGACGCUUUCUCUGGAGACUACUUUAAUCCCGGAAAUGACCAAAGGCUGGUUAAGAGAAGUCAACAGGAACCUGCUUAGGGCCAUCAAGGGUGAAGCGCUAGGCCGAGAGCAGCACUACAACACGAGUGAAGGUGACGAAGAGCUCUCAAUGCAGCUCCCCAAUGACCUUGCCAACCUGUGGGCCCUGGCUUGA